AGAGGGAGAAGAAGAGACUUAUGUGAGGGGUGAUCAGCAGUGUAAGGAGGAGGAGAUCCCUACAGAUAUCAGCACAGAUGGACACACAAGCAGGAAUAUCUCAGAAGGACAUCUAAUGCUAUCCCUGGAUUCUGAAAUAACAGAUAAUGACAGUAUACAGGAUUCUCCAGGAGAUAACCCCAUUACCCCAAUUAUACAUCCAGCUCUAUCAGCUGAUCCCUCUGAUCCUGGGAAAUGUUCUCCUGAUCACUCUGAUAUUGGAGCAUCUGUUACAGCUCUGAGAGUAGAUACAGUGUUUCCCUGUUCUAUAGAUGCCAUAUGUUUUACACAGAACACAAACCUUAUUACUCAUCAGCCAGCUAAGGCAGGUGAGAGGCCAUUUCCAUGUUCUGAGUGUGGGAAAUGUUUUACAUACAAAUCAGCUCUUGUUACACAUCAGAGAAGUCACACAGGUGAGAAGCCGUAUUCCUGUUCUGAGUGUGGGAAAUGUUUUGCAUGUAAAUCAGGUCUUGUUAUACAUCAGAGAAGUCACACAGGUGAGAAGCCAUAUUCCUGUUCUGAGUGUGGGAAAUGUUUUUCAUCGAAAUACCAUCUUGUUAGUCAUCAGAGUAGUCACACAGGUGAGAAGCCAUAUUCCUGUUCUGAGUGUAGGAAAUGUUUUGCACGGAAACCAGAUCUUGUUCUACAUCAGAGAAGUCACACAGGUGAGAAGCCAUAUUCCUGUUCUGAGUGUGGGAAAUGUUUUGCAUGUAAAUCAGGUCUUGUUAUACAUCAGAGAAGUCACACAGGUGAGAAGCCAUAUUCCUGUUCUGAGUGUAGGAAAUGUUUUGCACGGAAAUCACAUCUUGUUAUACAUCAGAGAAGUCACACAGGUGAGAAGCCGUAUUCCUGUUCUGAGUGUGGGAAAUGUUUUGCACACAAAUCACAUUUUGUUAUACAUCAGAGAAGUCACACAGGUGAGAAGCCGUAUUCCUGUUCUGAGUGUGGGAAAUGUUUUUCAUCUAAACCAGAUCUUAUUAGUCAUCAGAGAAGUCACACAGGUGAGAAGCCGUAUUCCUGUUCUGAGUGUGGGAAAUGUUUUGCACACAAAUCACAAUUUGUUAUUCAUCAGCAUGCUCACACAGGUGAGAUGCCAUUUUCCUGUUCUGUGUGUGGGAAAUGUUUCGCACAGAAAUCCGCUCUUGUUACACAUCAGAGAAUUCACACAGGUGAGAAGCCGUAUUCCUGUUCUGAGUGUGGGAAAUGUUUCGUACAGAAAUCAGCUCUUGUUACACAUCAGAGAAUUCACACAGGUGAGAAGCCGUAUUCCUGUUCUGUGUGUGGGAAAUGUUUUGCAUAUAAAUCAAAUCUUGUUACACAUCAGAGAAGUCACACAGGGGAGAGGCCAUUUCCAUGUUCUGAGUGUGAGAAAUGUUUUGCAUGGAAAUCACAACUUGUUGCACAUCAGCGUAGUCACACAGGCGAGAAGCCAUUUCCGUGUUCUGAGUGUGGGAAAUGUUUUGCACACAAAUCAGAUCUUGUUACACAUCAGAGAAGUCACACAGGUGAGAAGCCAUUUCUAUGUUCUGAGUGUGGGAAAUGUUUUGCACACAAAUCAUAUCUUGUUACACAUCAAAGAAGUCACACAGGUGAAAGGCCAUUUUCUUGCUCUGAGUGUGGGAAAUGUUGUUUAUUUGAAGCACAUCUUGUUAUACAUCAGCGAAGUCACACAGGUGAGAAGCCAUUUUCUUGCUCUGAGUGUGGGAAAUGUUUUGCACACAAAUCAGCUCUAGUUAGACACAACAGAAGUCACACAGGUGAGAAGCCAUUUUCUUGUUCUGAGUGUGGGAAAUGUUUUACACAAAAAUCACAUUUUGUUACACAUCAGCAUCGUCACACAGGUGAGAAGCCAUUUUCAUGCUCUGAGUGUGGGAAAUGUUUUACAUCUAAAUCACAACUUGUUACACAUCAGCGAUGUCACACAGGUGAGAAGCCGUUUUCUUGCUCUGAUUGUGGGAAAUAUUUUACACGGAAAUCACAACUUGUUACACAUCAGAGAAGUCACACAGGUGAGAAGCCAUUUCCAUGUUCUGAAUGUGGGAAAUGUUUUGCACACAAAUCAGAUCUUGUUAAACAUCAGAGAACUCACACAUGUGAGAAUCCAUUUCCAUGUUCUGAGUGUGGGAAAUGUUUUACCCAGAAAUCAAGUCUUGUUACACAUCAGAGAAGUCACACUGGUGAGAAGCCAUUUUCCUGUUCUGAGUGUGGGAAAUGUUUUGCACGGAAAUCAGUUCUUAUUAAACAUCAGCGAAGUCACACAGGUGAGAAGCCAUUUCCAUGUUCUGAGAAAUCAGCUCUUAUUGCACACAAUAGACAUCACUCAGGUGAGGAACCAUUUUAAUCUUCUGGAGUAUACUCAUCAUUGCCAUGCGUUGUUCUUCAAGGUUUUUAUCCUAUCUUCUAUGCUUUUUGCAAUAUACAUGUCACCGCAGUGUGAAAUAAUCAGAUGUCAUGCCCUCAUCUACUGCUAUGCAGAUGACCUGUCUUUUGCUCCGGGUACUGAGAACCCAGUACCAUUCCUAAAUGGUUGUCUAGCUGAGCUCCAGGUGUGGGUGAUGCCAGUUGGCUGUGACUCAGUCCUGGUGAAACAGGUUCUUAUGAUAGAUGCUCACCAACAAAGGGCAGGGCUACAGCUCAGCUUUGCAAACCAACCAGAAUUACGCUUGGGGGUUCAGAGUUACAAAAUGCUGAUCCUGUGCGGAAUCUUGGUGUACUGGAUGGUGGAGUGACACUUAGACAUCAGGUAUCAGCCACAAUCAGAUCCUCAUCUGAGGAACAUAGCCAGACUCCAGCACUUAUUUCCCUCAGAAGAUCUACCUACAGUCAUACAUGCACUUGUAUCAUCACGCAUAGAGUACUGCAAUGUCCUCUACCUGGGUCUCCCAGCAAAAUAAUUGCACCGUUUGUAGCUUGUACAGAAUGCAGCAGCCAGGCUGUUACCUAACCAGCCCGUUCCUGCCACAUAACACCCAUUCUCUACUCCCUUCACCGGCUGCCUGUAAGAUGGGGACUCUAUUACAUAAUCUUACUGACUCUCCCAGCCCUACAUGACCAGGGACCAUGGUACCAGAAGCAGCUUCUGCCUCCUUACUGCACUGCUUGCUUCCAUCUGCAGAAGGACUAUUACCAGCAGUGCCAAAAAUCCCCAAGAAGUUCUGAGAUGCCAGGGAUGAGACAGGGUUGUGGUACUAGUGCUGUAGCGGGGGCUGCUGGAGGCACUGUCUUUGGGUAAUAUUGUCCCCAAGCAGUGCUAAGGUGUCAGAGGGGAGACAGGGCAGUGACAGUAUUGGGGGAGACAGGGAGGUGGCAGUAGUGGGAGAGGACAGGGCGGGUGGCAGUAGU